CAUAUAUAUAUAUAUAUAUUUCAACCGCACUCUCUUUUUCUCCCUGCCGCACUUGCAUCGUCUGCAUAAAUUCGCGGGAGAAAAUGAGUUGCAACUUGCUGCGAGUUUACAGUUCGUUUGUCAAACCGUUGCGGCAAUCUUUGUUGUCGACGAAUCGUAUAUGCAGCAAUGUUACUGACACACAUCAACAGGUUCUCAAGCUACAAUCCCCUACCGCUUGUCAGAUCCGUUUGACUUCGUUUUUUACAAAGUAUACCGCGGACUCCUUGUGGAAAUCUGUGACCAGUGUCAGUAAUGCAGGUAGACAAAGAGGUAGAGGAAGGGGAGCUAAGAAACUCAUGAGGGAUUUGAACAGGGGCCAAUACAUUGGUGUUGGAAAAAUAAACAUGCUAUGGCCUGGGUUAACUGGACCGAUUAUGAGAGGAUCGACUGUCAUGAAACAGCAAAAGCUUCCAGAAGACACUCAGAGAGAAGCCAAGCUUAUCAAAAUACGAGAUUCUAUGCAGAACCGGAGAUCUAGGAGGAUUCAUCCAUUGGAAAGAGGAUGGACCAGUGCAAAAAUGGGUGGCAGAAGUAUCGGCCCACCAGAUCCUGUAAAUGAUGAGGUUUUUGUAGGCUUUGAUUCAAAGGUAAUAGAGCACAAGAUGGUAUCUCAUAUGACAGGAAACUUGGGACGGAAAAGAUCCUACAGCUCAUUUGUCAUCACUGGUAACAAGAAUGGAUUGUGCGGUAUUGCCUUGGGCAAGUCGGCUGAGGGAAGAACAGCUUUGCGUUUGGCCAGAAACAGAGCUGGAUUCAAAUUAAUGCAUGUUCCACUGUACAAAAAUCACACGGUGUUUCAUGACUUUUUCACUCAGUUUGGAUCAACUAAACUGUUUGUUACAAAGAAACCAGAAGGCUAUGGCCUAGUUUGCCAUAGAGCUAUCAAAUGUGCUUGCGAAGUUAUUGGAAUAAAGGAUUUGCAUGUCAAAGUAGAAGGUUCUAUCCAUUACCAGCACAUCAUCAAAGCUUUUCUGAUUGGACUAUUAAGACAGAAAACACAUCAACAACUGGCAGAGGAAAAAAAACUACAUCUGGUUGAAAUGAGAAAAGAGAAUUUGAUGUACCCAGUAGUAGUGGCAAGUCCAAGCGUAGUCAGGAAACCAGAGGAAGUUAAAUCCACAGAAGUAUUGAAUUUCAAACAAUACGUUCUUGGUGGAAAGAUCAUUCUGAAGAAGAAAAAGUUUCCUCCUUUCUACGAAAACUAUGAUUCUUACAAACUGAAGAAAAGUAAAAUGGAAUAUCUGAGAAAUCAAGAUCAGGUCAGGAUUAGAAUGUUGGCAGAGUACGGAGAAUUUCGAAGUUUUUUGACGGACAAAUAUCCAGAAGCAAAACCACAACCUUUUACAAAGAAAGAGGAUGAUUAGCAAACUAACAUUUUAUAAAUAUAGCUAUAAGUGUACAAAAAUUGAAUAAAAUGCUUUUAACGCGUAUUAUACGA